ACUGAGAGGGGCGGUGCCGGCUUCCUAUUGGCCGGCUACGCGCCGCACGUUGGGAGCGGGAGUAAGCGUCCCGCAAUAUGGCGGCGGCCUUCAGCUCCGACGGGGAGGCCGUGCUGCGGCGGACGCUGGACCCGGCGGCAGCGUUCCCGCGGGGAGACAAAGAUGAAUUUUACGAGAUGGACCGCGCCGUCGCCUUCGUGCGGGACGGCGGCUUCCGUAAGGUCGCCCUGCAGUUCCCCGAUGCGCUGCUGGCGGAUGCGGCGGCCGUGGCGGCCCGGAUGGAGGAGGCGACGGGAGCCGAGAUGUACGUGCUGGGGGACACCACGUACGGCAGCUGCUGCGUGGACGAGGUGGCCGCCGAGCACGCGAGCGCCGGGGCCGUGGUGCACUACGGCCCUGCCUGCCUCAGCCCCUGCAGAAAGCUGCCGGUGCUGCACGUCUUUGGGCGGCAGCCCUUAGAUGUUGGGCGCUGCGCUGAAGUCUUCCGGGAGCUCUAUCCUGAGCGGCACAGCCGUGUGGUGGUGCUGAGCGAUGUGGUGUACGCCCACGCCAUGGGUGAGUUGGAAAAGCAGCUGUGCCACGAGUACCCCAACAUCAUCUUCUCCCAGGUGGUGUGCGGGGACCUCCCCGGCCCCACACUGCCUGGGGAGGUGAGGCAGUUUGGCCGCCAAUUCCACAUGGAGGCAGCAGAAGAGCUGCAAGACUGUUCCAUGUUCUAUGUGGGAGCCGAGGGCCUGGCCCUCACCAGCUUCAUGUUGACGUGGAACUGCUGCCCCUUCAGCUCCUUUGACCCUGUCACCGGGCAAGGCCGCCGUGAGACCCUCAACGUCAACCGGGCGCUGAUGCGGCGCCUCUACCUAGUGGAGCGGGCACGGGAUGCCCGUGUGGUGGGCAUCCUGGUGGGCACCCUGGGUGUGGCAGGUUACCUUGAUGUGCUGCAGCACCUCCGCCAGCUUGUGCACAGGGCUGGUAAGCGCAGCUACACGCUGUCUGUGGGGAAGCCCAACCCUGCUAAGCUGGCUAACUUCCUGGAGGUGGACAUCUUUGUGCUGGUGGCCUGUGCUCAGAACUCCCUGCUGGACUCCAGUGACUUCUACCGGCCCAUAGUGACCCCCUAUGAGCUGGAGCUUGCCUGUAACCCAGCCCGGGAAUGGACAGGGAACUACUUCACUGACUUCCGAGACCUGCUGCCAGGUGCCUGUGCCCACAUUGAGCUCCCGCCGGCAGUGCCUGCAGCAGAGGCCGUUCCUGAUGUCUCGCUAAUCACAGGGGAGAUGCGUGCUGCCCACCUCUGCAACUCCCUGGCUCCCCAGCCACCCCCCAGCACCACUCUGGCCUGCAGGGACCAAACGCGGGCCCUGGCAGAGAUCAGCCCUGCAGCCACCUUCCUGGAGUCCCGCAGCUGGCGGGGCCUGGAGCAGCAGCUGGGGAAGACGACUGUCUCUAAGGCCGUGCAGGGCCGGCGAGGGAUUGCCAUUGCCUAUGAGGAUGAGGGCCGUGAACAGUCAUGAUGUGGCAGUAACGUUGGCUAUCAG